AUGAGGAAGAGAAUAACGAAAUCCGGACAGAAAGUGACAACUAAAUUUCUCAGGAGAUUUACAAAGUCGUCAAAAUCUUUAGAGGCACCAGCGUGUGGUUCGAAUGGCCCUAGUCAAUGUGAUAUGCAGAAUAUCUCGUCGAAUGUAGAAAUUUCAAAGCCCCAUGAGUUCAACGAAAUAGCCCCGGACGAAAUUAAUCGUCUGCGUCAGCAGGUGAAGGAAUUGACCGAGAAAAUCGCAAUAGUGGAAAAUGAAAGCCAUUUGAAGGACGUUCACCUGGAGAACCUGCGGAGUGACAACGAGAGAAUAAUCUCGGAAGUAAAGAAGCAACAGAGAUGCAAUCGUAAUCUAAAACAACAGCUGGACGAUGAGAGGUUUUUUUACGAAAAAGAGAAAGAGCAUUUCUCACAGGAGAUGGAGAACCACAGGGUCAAGUGCGUUGGCAGCACUUCCAAGCUCCAUCUCCAGCAGUACAGGGAGUUGGAGAGGGUGCGAGAGGCGCUGGAAGAGGAGAAUAAAGAGAUCAGGGAUGAACUCGUGGCGAAAAAUGAAACUACUUAUAAUUUGUGCAUCAAGUUCUUGAGGAUGAAGGACGCGAGGGACGUGUUGAGGGUGAAAUUGGACGGGUUGUUGAGGGAUCAUCUCCACGUUAUUGCUGAAAUGAUGGAGAAGUUGGAUGAGGCCAGGGAGGAGCUCAAUAUCAUCGUUUCAGAGAAGUUUCAGGACCCUCUACCCAUCAGCAAAGCUAAAUUCCUUCAGGUAGUCCAAAGAAAUAGCAGAUUAGUGUACGAAAACGCUACCCUCAAGGUUCACAUCCAACAAUUAACCCUGAACAUCGAAAAGUUGAAGGGUCAGUCGCAGAAACCGAAGAUGAUUGAUGUAGACACACGAACGAUAGCUAAAUUGAGUGUUUGUAGCAGUAAGAAGAGGAAUAUUCUGGCUGACAGGGAUUUUUCACAUAUGUAA